AUGAAUACACAAUGCAACAUCCUCAGCCUUCCAGUUGAGCUUCUCCUGCUCAUCUGGGCCGACUUGGACUGGGAGACUGCAGACUGGAACGCACUCACUCGGACCUGUCGCUCCUACUACAACAGAUUGAACCCAAUUCUCUACGAUCGCGUCAUUAACGAAUGCGGUGAUCUGGCGGAGAUAUUAAUAAUAUGGGCUGUGUCUAAUAAUCGAGAGGCUUGCGUUACCAGUUUCUUGCGCCAUGGAGCAGAUCCCGGGGUCAACGACAAGUCGGACGUCGAGAAUGAUCGACGCCUCAGCAAGAAUAAGAAUACUUACCAUAUGCCCUGCUCCCAGACUCAACGUGCCAAUUAUGCCGAUACAAACAUGUAUACGCCAUUGUCUUGUGCGGCGCGCCGUGGCAAUGUCGGAAUAGUCAGAGCUCUUCUUGCGGCUGGGGCAAAGCCCAAUGCACAUGGAGGACUCGGUGACCUUCCUAUCAUUUGGGCGGUUGAAAGGGGCCACACAGAGAUUGUCCUACUUCUGCUGAACUCCGCUGCUGAUUUCAGCAUCAAAAUCGUGUACUGGGAAAGCUUACUCGGGUUUGCCAUCGCGCAAGGUUACCCCGACAUCGUCAAGAUGCUCCGGGCCAGAGACCCAACCAGUAUGUUUAUCCCACGGCUGAACUUAAGGCAUGCUGGGAGACUUGUACCCACCACGAUGCGUGCUAGGCGCGACAAUGUUUACCAGAGCACUGUCCAAGCAUGGCUUAUCGUCAACACUGAACUCCUACCUCGCGAGUUCUCCUUGGCGUAUUUGAGAAUGGACGAUAAAAUGAUAUUAGACAAGUUGCCAGGACGUUCUUCAGUUAACCUCCUUCACAAAGCUGUCGCAUACGGAUACUACACCACUGCCGAGGCGUUACUCAUCAGAGGCGCUCCAGUCAAUAGUCCCGAUGAGCACGGCCUGACCCCCUUGGCGAUAGCAAUGCUUCGAGAUGAUGAACGAAUCCUGCAACUCAUUUUUUCUUUCCGGCCGGAUAUCAUCCUGAUGAAGAAUAAGCCCAACGCGCUCCUGUUCCUUGGCGCCAUACAUGGGUCAACACAUUGCGUACGAUUCUUAUUGUCCAAGGGGAUUGAUGCAAAUAUCAGAGAUGAGCAUGGUUUUACACCGCUGUGCAUAGCAGUUAUGAGAGGGCACGUUUCCACCGUGGAUACUUUCUUAUCUAGUUGUUCGCAAACCGAGGGAACCUGGCAGGAUCGAAGGCGGCUCCUGAUAGACGCGCCUGAUCGAUUCGGCCGCACCCCUCUUUUCUUCGCGACUAUCCACGGUUUCUCGGACAUUGUUUGCAUCCUUCUGCGCAAUGGCAGCAAUGCGAUACAAUCAUUAACAUGCGCUGGUCGUACACCGCUAUCGUUCGCGGCGCAAAGCAAACACAUGCUGCUGGACAAGAAACGAAAUCCCACGAACUACAUUCACGAACAGCUACGGACUAUCUCCCAAAUGCUUGAACGCCCUUCUUCGACAUUCUCACUCGGGUCUACCUUUUGGAUCACCAGGGAUCUGUCCCGCCGGGACCCUGUAGCGCCAUCGGUGCAGUGUUUGACUUGUGCUGCCGUGAUAUCGCACUAUGACGACGCUCUUAUUUGCCCUAUAUGUACCGAUGAGGAAGGGAACCAGGCCAGGGUAUGUCCAGAGUGUCGUGCGAUGGGGACAAAGUGCCAUAUUUGA